CCACCCGCACCUCGACGCCCAAGAGCAGCACGGCGCGAACGGCCGGCACUUCUGCCAGUCGAUGCGGGCCAAGGCGCUCGAGGCCACGAACCGCUUCCGCGCCAUGUUCGGGCUCGACCCCGUCGCCAUCGACGCCAUCCCGAUGCCCAUGCACGCCAUCCCGCGCCCGCGCCCGCACAAGCACAUGCAUGACGAGCAGCAGGGCGAAGAGGAUGACUUUGUGCGUAUCCUGCCCCUCCCGCACAACGUACCGGGGUUCCCCAUGGCGAACGCCCCGAUCCUGCCGUUCGUCGGCACUCCCGUCCGCCCCGCGUUUGCGAUGGAGGAGACGGAGAUGGCGCCUGGCUGGGUCGGUCGUCCCGCCCACCGCUUCCAACGGUUCCACCGCCACCACGGCUCGUUCCUCCGCCGUGUCCACCACGCCCUCAUGGCGCUCGGGCCUUGGGAAGGCCGCGCCGUCGCGUUCGUUCUUGGAUGCGGUAUCGGCGUGCUCUUGCGCAUGAUGUGGGUCAUGGUCCUGCUUACCGCCCGCGCCAUCCGUGGUCCUUCCGGCGAGGAUACGGAUUCGGACGGGUACGACGUCGUCUUCGACGAGGCGGAGCUCCUCGUCCCGCCCCCGCAGUACACCAUGCUUGCCGGAUCCGAGGCUGUUCCCGUGGCCGCUGCCACCGACGAGAAGGAGAAGGCCUAGUGAUGGAAAUGCGUGCCACUCGCAUUUCCCGCGUAGCACCUUGCGGUGGUGGGACACUAGUCUAGGCUAGUGUCCCACGACCGUCUCCUGCUAUGCGUUGGCUUCUCUUCUUUCUCCGUCUUACUCGCCCAAUGGACUCUAGUUACCGCGCCCCGGACUCGUGUUGUAUCCCUCUCUUGCCCGCCCUCCUCCCCUCUCCACUCGGAGAUAUCCCGGCCUCGUGUCCGCUUUCGCGAACCGAUCCGUGAUCCAGAUAUACUACCUACCUACACCGCUUCACAGAAAUAACAGAAAACCCCACAUUCUACAUCUCCCCUGUCGAUCCUUCCUGUCCCAUAUCUCCGCCCCUGCCUCCGCCUCCGUACCACCUGGCUGCCGCCUUUACGACUUACGACUUGCUCCCCUUCUUGCCCCACACUCGCAGCAGCCUUCUUUCAACGACGGACAGCCCACGGCAGCACGACGGUCCGUCCGGACCCGCUCGCUGCCAGCUCGUCCGGCACCCCCGUCCGCCGUUGAAAGAAAGCCGCUGCGGGUGCGUUCUGCGUACGGUAUCGUCCGCGUGUACAAUACAUCUAUGCGAUCU